AUGGCCGCCGCAGCAGCAAGGACUCUCAGAAUUGGACUCAUUCCCGGUGAUGGAAUUGGCCGUGAGGUUAUUCCCGCUGGAAGGCAAAUCCUUGAGGCGCUGCAGAGCUCCACAAACUUGAAGUUCUCGUUCGUGGACCUUGAGGCUGGUUUCGAGACCUUCAAGAAGACUGGAACUGCCCUGCCAGACAAGACCGUCGAUGUGCUCAAGGGCGAGUGUGAUGGUGCUCUUUUCGGUGCUGUAAGCUCCCCAAGCACCAAGGUUGAGGGCUACUCCUCCCCCAUUGUAGCCCUCCGCAAGAAGUUAGACCUCUACGCCAAUGUCCGCCCAGUCAAGUCUGUCAAGGGCGGCGCUAUCCCUGUCGAUCUCGUCAUUGUUCGUGAGAACACCGAGGACCUGUACGUCAAAGAGGAGCGCACUUUCACCGCCCCCGACGGCACCAAGGUCGCCGAGGCAAUCAAGCGCAUCUCUGCCCGCGCCUCCAGCCGCAUCGGAAAGAUCGCUUUCGAGCUUGCGCUCAAGCGUGCCUCCCUCCGCGGCGCCGGCGCUGCCUCCCCGCUCGUGACCAUCACCCACAAGUCCAACGUCCUCUCCCAGACCGACGGACUCUUCCGUGAGACUGUCCGCGCUGUCUACGAGUCCAACCCGGGCUACUCUGGAAUCCGCUGUGAGGAGCAGAUUGUCGACUCCAUGGUCUACAAGCUCUUCCGCGAGCCCGCCUACUUCGACGUUGUUGUUGCGCCCAACCUUUACGGUGACAUUCUCUCCGACGGUGCCGCCGCCCUUGUUGGAUCUCUCGGAUUGGUGCCAUCCGCAAACGUCGGUGACAACUUCGCUAUUGGUGAGCCUUGCCAUGGCUCUGCCCCGGAUAUCAUGGGCCAGGGAAUUGCGAACCCGAUUGCCACCAUCAGAAGUGUGGGGUUGAUGUUGGAGUUUAUGGGCGAGACUGAUGCCGCCGCCAAGAUCUACGAGGCUGUUGACGGUAACUUGGUUGAGGGCAAGUACUUGUCGCCCGAUUUGGGCGGUAAGGCUGGAACCAAGGAGGUUGUCGAUGAUAUCCUGAGGAGGUUGUAG